UCUCAAGGACACAGACCAGCUAUGGCUUCUGAAUGGAAAAUAAUAUUCAUUGCAUUUGGGGUUCUUUCUGUAGAAGCAUUUGGCCAUGAACAGAUGUCUUCAGAGACGUGUUGUAAAAACGGGCGAGUCUAUGGUCUGGGCAAUCAGCAUUGUGCUUCCCUUCCUCGUCUAUCCCACUCCUUCUGCAGGAUGGCUCAGAAACAAUGUUGUAAAGCUGCGCUUGAAGAAAGUGUCUGUACUGAUGGCAUGGCCAGUGCCAAAAGAAAUGAAGUGUGUGACAUAAUUCUUCAGACGGACCCUUUUAAAGUCAACACUGCCAAGAUGUGCUGUGAGUGCUGUUUGCUCGGGCUGCUGACUCAGAGAGAAAACCAUAGCUGUGAGCUGCAGAUUCCUAUCACUGUUCACUGCAGGAAUGUAGCAAGGGCCUGCUGCAUGGAGAAAAAGCAAAGCUUAGUAAUAGUGUCACCUCUGCUGAAUAACACAAACACCAGUGAUGAAGGUAAUGCUCAAGACACUGACAUAUGUGCAGAAGGAGUAACGAGAUGCUCUCAGCUGUGUGUUGGAAACGGUUCUUGUGUCUGCUUGAGAGGUUUCCGCCUUAAAUCUGAUGGCUAUAGCUGUGAGGAUUACAAUGAGUGUCUGUCAGGCACGCACAGUUGCAGGCCAGGCGAAAGGUGCAUCAACACCGAGGGCUCGUACCGCUGUCAAAGAGAAGCCAGCUGUGGCACAGGAUAUGAGCUGACUAACACCAACACCUGCAAAGAUAUUGAUGAGUGUCUGGUAGGAAUACAUAACUGUGGACAUGAUUUCACGUGUCAGAACACUGCUGGGUCAUUUCGUUGCCAUCCCCGACAUCAGUGUGGGCUUGGCUACAUCCAGGAUGCUGUCGGAAACUGCAUUGACAUAAACGAAUGUGUACAUGGGAAGAGCCCAUGCCAACCCGGUCACACGUGUGUUAACACGGUGGGUUCCUAUAUGUGCCAGAGGAUCUCAGUGACAUGUGGACGUGGCUAUCACCUGAACAAAGAGGGGACACACUGCAUGGAUGUUGAUGAGUGCACCCGACCAUCCAGUGCCUGUCAGGGCCAUGUCUGUGUAAACCUUCUGGGCUCCUUUCGUUGUGAUUGUCGUUCUGGAUUUAUGUUUAAUGGCAUCAGUAAAACCUGUGAGGACAGUAAUGAAUGCAGGAGCGAUCAGGGACGCCUGUGUGCUCACAAAUGUGAUAACACUCCUGGAUCGUACCGAUGCAGCUGUCAUCACGGGUUCAAGCUGGCGAGUGAUGGCAAAAGCUGUGAAGACGUGAAUGAAUGUGAGAGCAGCCCAUGCAGCCAGGAGUGUACCAAUGUCUAUGGCUCCUACCAGUGUUUCUGUCACCGUGGCUAUCAACUCAACAACAUGGAUGGCCAUACAUGUGAAGAUAUUGAUGAAUGUGCCUUGAUUUCUGGGGGCAAAGUUUGUUCAUAUGAUUGUUUAAACUCACCUGGUAGCUAUGAAUGCAUCUGCCCUCACACAGGCUACUCACUCUCCCCCAAUGGACGCACCUGCCUGGACAUUGAUGAGUGUGCAACUGGAACACACAACUGUUCGGCCACACAGAGCUGCUACAAUAUCCAUGGGGGAUUUCGCUGCCUAUCAUUUGAGUGUCCACAAAAAUACAGACGUGCAGCCGAGAAUCGUUGUGAACGCUUGCCUUGUGAGCAGAAUAAAGAGUGCCAGUCUCUGCCCCUGAGAAUCUCCUUCUACAAUCUGACAUUUUCCACCAACAUCCCCAUACCUGCUGCUGUGUUCCGCAUGGGGCCAUCCAGCUCUGUACCUGGGGACGAUAUCCAGCUCUUUAUCGUGGAUGGUGACGCAGAAGGAUACUUUAGCAUCCAGAAAACAACCCAUGGUGCAGUGGUAUCUGUGCAGAGAGCGUUGCCAAAACCCCAGGACUUCGUGCUUACUGUUCAAAUCAGGCUGAUUCGAUACGGCAUCAUAAGCACUUUUGUGGCUAAGAUUGCCGUGUUUGUUGUUAACGAUCAGCCCACUGUGCCAAACAGCUGGCCAAAACAUUGAUGCUGCUUCACCUAAUGCAUCUUAUUAUUUUGUACUGUUGCAAUGUAAUUUAGAGUCAUGGGAUUUAGUGUCUAUAUUUUUUUUCUGGAGUAUCUGGAACAUGCUGAAUUUUCCUAUGCGCUCCUAUGUUAUUAAUAGCAUCUCAUCUUCUAGUAACCAUGAGUUUACAAGCAUUGCCUUUCUUUCGAAAGUUCAGGGCCUCCCUUCAACCUGAACGUCUUUCAUUUAAUAGUAAGAACCAUGGUUACACGCAUAUUCUCCCAUUUUACUUCUCUAUGUUCCAGACUUCCAGGGCAAUUUCCUUCCAGAACAAGUUGCAUACAAUAUUAUAUAUAGUGUAUCCAAGAAAAUGUCCACUAUUGAAAGUUUAUGUUGUUCCAUAUAAUCAUUUUUCAUGGCCACCAAACAUUAUCUAUAAAAGUGCUGGUUCAUGCAACCUUC